UUAUAUAUGGACAGAGGCAGUGCAGACUUACAAAAAGGCUACAAUGCAGCUGCUGGUGUUUCACAUUCUGUAUUUUUUCCUUCUCGGUUGUGGGAUCACGGAAAACCCCCCGGAUGAGAUGAGCACUGGGGGGGAUUUAACUAACACUAAACCACCAACCACCCAUGCAACUCAAACCACUGCUAAACCACAAGAAGAUAAGUAUCUUCAAAAUGACGAGUGUCUAAGUAAGAAAUUCACUUACAAAUCGUGCCAGAAGGUCUUCUGCCCUCCCUGGAUGAGAUGCAUCAAUGGGGACUGUGUCUGCAAACUGCCCUACCAGUGUCCAAAAGGUGGUGGCUCUCCAGCUUGUUCGACUGAUUUGAAGUCCUACAAGUCUUACUGCCAGGUGAAGAGUUUUGAGUGCCUUCGUGGGACGGUCAAGUUUACACACAGUGCAGAAGAGUGUUCAAAUCCAUUUGUCUCUGCUUUGGACUCUGAAACUGUAUGGGUGAAGAUGGCCAAGCACAAAGAGAAACACCUUAUUUGUGGAGACACCUGGGAGAUUCCUGCCGGAAAUACAGUCUGCAGAGAGAAAAAACAUCAAAAAGGUGCUAAAGAAGUUUCGUCUGUGAGUUAUUCAGACAUCAACAAUCUUGAAUAUUCUAAUGAGUGUAUAAACGUGCACUGCACUGGACUGGAGACAACCCUCGCAGAGUGCACCCUCUACAAGAAAGAGGAAAUAAACAACAACACCAAGAUUGCAACAGUUACAUGUUAUACAGAGAAUACAGAAUGUUCUGCUGACGAGUUCAGCUGUGUCAAUGGGAAAUGCAUUGACCGCAACAAAACCUGUGAUGGAGUCAAUGACUGUGCAGACCUCAGUGAUGAGCUAUGCUGUAAAGCCUGCAGGAAAGGCUUUCACUGCAGGUCGGAUGUGUGUAUCCCACCUGAAGCAGUGUGGGAUGGGAUAGAGGACUGUUUAACUGGGGAGGAUGAGCAAACCAAUUCUGAUGAAGAGAAACUUCAAGUUAAAGAAAAUAUACUUUCAAGCAUAGUAGAAGAAACAAAAUUAACAAGGAAAAACAUUUCUGAUCUAACCUGUGGAAUCAGCACCUUCAGAGAGAGGAAGAGCCCAGGGGCAAGAAAGAAACGUCUUCUGGGAGGAAACGUGGCAGAAAGGGGUCAGAUUCCUUGGCAGAUAGCAAUUGACGAUGAAGGAGAAAUAAACUGUGGAGGGAUUUAUAUCGGAGGGUGCUGGGUACUGACAGCAGCCCACUGUGUGAGACCUAAACCGCAACUGUACCGAAUCAAAAUCGGGGUAUGGAACGCAUUGAAAGUUGACAAGGAUACAGAUUCAAUAGCUGUAGAGCAAGUCAUAAUCCACCCAGAUUUCAACCCUACAACAUACCAGAAUGACAUUGCUUUGAUUCAGAUGAAGAAUAUUUAUCACACCAAAGAAUGCGUUAAUCCCAACAAAUACAUUGCUGCAGCAUGUGUUCCUUGGUCUGAGUAUCAGUUCAAACCUGGAGACAAAUGCGUUAUUUCUGGCUGGGGCCGAGCAAAAGGAUAUGAAAGAGUUUAUGUUCUUAAUUGGGCUCACAUCCAAAUAAUAAAAAACUGUUCAGAAAUUUAUGGCCAUAGAUAUUACAAGGGAAUGGAAUGUGCAGGUACCUAUGAUGGGUCAGUAGACACUUGCCAAGGGGAUUCCGGUGGACCACUGGUGUGCACUCAUAAUGGAGUGUCCUAUGUAUGGGGGAUUGUCAGCUGGGGAGAGAAAUGUGGAGUAGCCAAUUACCCAGGAGUUUACACGAAGGUAGCCCACUAUUAUGAGUGGAUAAGCCACCACGUGGGCAGGGCCAGAAUUAGCAAAUAUAACGUGUAAAUAGCACACUUUCAGCCACUGUAAGCAAACAUGUUUUCAGUUGCCAAUUAAAUAGUUUAUUGUGUUGUUUACUUACUCUCAAGCCUGCUUAUAGUAACCUUUCAAAAAGGCCAUUUAAAAGGUGGCUUUUAUGAUGUACUGCAUAAUACAUAUAUAUGGGGAUGAUCUCUACUCUGUACUGAUUGUCUUUAAUACUGGUUUGAAUAUACAUCAUUAGCAGUAUUCUUUUCGCCUGACCUAUUAAGAAAAAAAAAAAGUUUAUAUAAUAAAUGUUAUGCGAUCUAGCAUCAAAUUGAUGUUUUAUGUUUAGUGGGCCUCAGUGAUUUUGUAUUUUAUUUGACCAGAUCUCAGAAUCUAUUUUGCAUUCGUUCAGAUUAAUUGAAAGAAUGACUGCAUGUUCCAAACAGGUGCUGAGCUUGUUAUCUGAAGAAAGUCCUUCUCUGCAUUAAAUUGUUAAAUUUAAGCUUAACAUUUUUAUAUAAACAUAAUACUUAAAGAAGGCCAUUGUGGGCUAGUUUUCGAUCCUUAUUUGUGGAAUAACUACAAACAUGAACAUUCGUGGCGCAUGCUCUGUGUAUUCUGUUGAGAACAAACAUUUCAUGGUUGUGUUGUAACAUGCAUGGCUAAUAUGGUAAUACAAGUUGAGAUUCCUCUUAUUCCUAUUUAAAUGCCAUUAUUUUUCUCCUAGUUUGCAGUUAUCAGGGACUAUUCACUUGAGAUAAAAAGUACAUAUUCCCACUGCACUAAUUUGCAUUAAGUGUACCGGGAUUAUAAAAAUCAAAGAUCUAAAAGUGUAAGUAUGUUUAGUGCAUUUCUGUCAAUAACAAUAUGUAAAAUGUAAGCAAGGGUACUUGGUGAUUAAAAGAAUGUUAGUAUUUACAUCUGCCAUGGUUCAGAUACAUUGAAUAAAGCCCAGAAUGUUUAAAUUGGCAAGCAUAAAAAACUUUUAUAAGGCUGUUAAUAAAAACAAAUACUGACUA